AUGGGGUGUGCAGGGUGCAGUGUGAGGCGUGCAGUGUGCAGUGUGCGCGACCUUGCUACGUCAGCCGGGGGCGCGCCGGUGACGUCACGCGUCACUCGCCGAGCACGUGAAGAGCACGCGCGAGCACGCGGCCCGUGCGUGAUCAGCUCCGGCCGGUUGGUCCGCGGAGGCGAGCCGCCGACACUCAUUGGACGCCGCCCCUCCCGCACCCCCCGCGCACCCCGCCACCGUCCGCGCCUCGUACCUCGAGCGCUCGCGGAGCGGUUUAUUCGUCCAUCGCUCGCCUUGCGAUACACACGGCUCCCAGAGCGAGGACGCGGAACGGAACUUUUGUGA